CUACCCCCCAUCCGGGCAGCGUGUGUUCUGCCGUACCUCCUGACAGCCUUCGGCGGGUGGUGCGAGAGGAUGGCGGCGGCAGCGGUGGCUUCGACAGCGCGGUGGGUGCGAGUUCGGGCAGGAGUCGUGGAAGCAGCCAGGCUCCGUUGCCAGCUGGGGGGCUCUCGGCUCGGACGGCUCUUCCUCCUGCCUUCGGCGGCUGGAGACUUGGCCCAGAGGCGGCAUGUGGCUCACUUCACCUUUCAUCCGGACCCGGAGAAACGGCAAUACGGACAAACCCAGAAAAUGAAUCUUUUCCAGUCUAUAACAAGUGCCUUGGAUAAUUCGUUGGCCAAAGAUCCUACUGCAGUAAUUUUUGGUGAAGAUGUUGCUUUUGGAGGAGUCUUUAGAUGUACUGUUGGCUUACGAGAUAAAUAUGGUAAAGACAGAGUUUUUAACACUCCAUUGUGUGAACAAGGAAUUGUUGGAUUUGGUAUUGGAAUUGCAGUUAAUGGAGCUACUGCCAUUGCAGAAAUUCAGUUUGCAGAUUACAUCUUCCCUGCCUUUGAUCAGAUUGUUAAUGAAGCAGCAAAAUAUCGUUAUCGCUCUGGAGAUCUCUUUAAUUGUGGAGGCCUUACAAUAAGAGCUCCUUGGGGUUGUGUAGGCCAUGGGGCACUUUAUCAUUCUCAGUGUCCUGAGGCCUUUUUUGCUCACUGUCCAGGAAUAAAGAUAGUUAUACCUAGAAGCCCUUUCGAGGCCAAGGGACUACUUUUAUCGUGCAUAGAAGACAAAAAUCCUUGCAUAUUUUUUGAACCUAAAAUCCUUUACAGGGCAGCAGUGGAACAAGUGCCUGUGGAGCCAUAUUAUAUCCCAUUGUCCCAAGCUGAAGUACUACAGGAAGGGAGUGAUGUUACUCUAGUUGCUUGGGGGACUCAGGUUCAUGUGAUCAGAGAAGUGGCAAGCAUGGCUCAAGAAAAAUUGGGAGUUUCUUGUGAAGUAAUUGACUUGAAGACUAUUUUACCUUGGGAUAUAGAUACAGUUUGUAAGUCAGUGGCCAAAACUGGGCGACUUCUGAUCAGUCAUGAGGCUCCCUUAACAGGAGGCUUUGCAUCAGAGAUCAGUUCUACAGUUCAGGAAGAGUGUUUCUUGAAUCUUGAGGCACCAAUUUCAAGAGUGUGUGGAUAUGAUACACCAUUUCCUCAUAUCUUUGAAAUCUUCUACAUCCCAGACAAAUGGAAAUGUUAUGAUGCCCUUCGAAAAAUGAUCAAUUAUUGAUCAAAUAGAGGCUAGAAGAAUAGAACUAGAUGCAAAAGUAUUUUAACGGACUUUGAUAUUUACUCAAAUCUGUCUCUUGUUCACAUGGACUUCAUAUGAAACCAUCUAUCCUGGAUAUUGGUCAAGAAGAAGCUAAAGCUAAGAAUCCUCUCUAUUAGCAAAUACAAAAAGGAUAUUUCAAGUAGUGGAUAGUUUAAUAUGGGCUUUAUAAAAUUUUCCACAUACUGUGGGUAUAAAUGCUAUUAAGUUUAUAUAACCUUGCUUGGUUACAUCUUUAAAUUACUUCUCUGUAAAUAGGGGAUGUGGGACUAUAUUCAAUAAAGCUUUUUCAGGUUGUCAGUUUUUUUCCUCAUGUUGUUUCUAGUAAAAUCUGUAAUUGUGAAUUCCCAAAAUUGUUAAGCUUAAAUUGGUUGUUGGUUAAGAAAUAAUAAAAAUGAAAUGGUUUGGGCUUUCUGACUUUAGACUGCUAUACUCAGGAUUAUUUCUUUAUGGGUAACAUAGUUUUCUCUCUAAGAUUUCUUUAAUAUCUGUCCUAAUUUUCCUCUGCUGCCUCAAUAAGGUGCUGGAGCACUGUCUCAUCUUCCUCUCUCUCUCUGUCUCUCUCCAUCUCUCUGUCUCUGUCUCUCUGUCUCUCUCUGUCUCUGUUUCCUCCCACUCCCAAUCUCUCAAAAGCACAUAUACACACAAACAUGAGUAGCUUAGUUAAGAAAAUCUUCCUGUUACCUACCUCUCUCCUGCUUUCCCUUUUAAAAAGAAAAUUACUAUUUGAUUUUUACAAUUACUACAAGAAUGUCGGAAAGGUCUAUGGUUACUUUAGUAUGGGAAACUCUGUCUUCUGAUGUAGAUUAAAAUCCAUGUUUAUCUUAGUACAUGAUUCCUUAGGAAUAGCUUGAGGCAAAAAGAGGUUAAAUCCAGGAAUACAUAGCUAUUAAGCAUCAGAGUCAGGGAUUUGAACCCAGAUCAUGUUAAUUCAAAGUCCAACUCUCUGUAAUACCAUGUUACCUCUUUAAAGAAUAUUAUAAACUGAAUAUACUAACAACUUCAAAUAUAUCAACAGUCCAAAAAACUGUAAUAUAUCUCCAGAUAAAAGUAGCCAGAAUAAGCCUGACAGGCCUGAAGGAAUUUGUUCCAAUUUUCAGCUAUCUCAUGACCACAUGACCUUUUCUUUGUGUUUUUAAAUAUUAUUAUGCAAAAAAAAAUUAAACCAAUGUUAAGAGGAAGUAGUGACUUUAGUAAAUGUUCUAGUACCACAAUUUUCCUUGCUUUCCUCCCACUAGAAUCUUGUCUCUGAAUGGGUAUGUGUAGC